AUGCCUGGUGAACGGCUGUUCUCACCUUUGCAGCUCGGCAAUGUCAAACUCAACCACCGGAUUGUCAUGGCUCCAUUGACACGAUUCCGGACCGACAAUGACGGUCUUCCCAUGGAAUUUGUACCUCUCUACUACGCACAGCGUGCGUCGACACCGGGGACGCUUCUCAUCACCGAGGCCACAUUGAUCAGCCCUCGGGCAUCGGGCAUGGCCAAUGUGCCAGGAAUCUGGAGUUCGAAACACAUCGCCGCUUGGAAGAUGGUCACAGACGCCGUGCAUAAGAAGAAAUGCUUCAUUUUCCUUCAACUCUGGGCCUUGGGUCGGAGGGCAGACCCUGACCUUCUCCGGCGAGCCGAAGGUGGUCCUUACCCGUUGGUCAGUGCAAGCGCAGUACCCCUGAGCAAAGACGCUCCAGCACCCCGCGCCUUGUCGCACGAGGAGAUCCAAGUGUUCAUCGACGACUACGCUGCGGCAGCGAGGAAUGCCAUGGCGGCUGGCUUCGACGGGGUCGAGAUCCACGGCGCCAACGGCUAUCUUCCAGACCAGUUCCUCCAAGACGUGUGCAAUCGCCGCACCGACGACUACGGUGGAAGUAUCGAGAACCGUGCCCGUUUCCCCCUGCAAGUCACCAAAGCGCUCAUUGCUGCCGUCGGCGACAGCAAACGGGUUGCGGUCCGUCUCUCGCCGUGGACUGAUUUUGACGGUCAGAGAAUGGCAGACCCGGUACCCCAGUUCACUUACCUGAUCUCGGAGCUCAAGAAGCUCGACCUAGCUUAUUUGCAUCUCGUCGAGAGUCGCUACGCCGGCGACGUGGCGAACGCAUCGUACCAUGUCUUGACCCGACGGAACAACCCCUUCAUCCAGCUCUGGGGAUCCGAGGCCCCGAUCAUCCUCGCCGGCGGCUUCACGGCCGAGACGGCAAAGAAGGCCACGGACGAGGUAUACACGAACUCGAACCUGUGUGUCGCCUUUGGCCGCUUCUACAUAAGCACGCCCGACUUGCCGUACAGACUUGCCGAGGGUCUUCCGUUGAACCCCUACCAUCGAGAAUCCUUCUACCUGAAGAUGAGUCCGGCGGGGUAUACCGACUAUCCUUGCAGUCCUGAAUACAUGGCAGGGCAGCAUGCUGACAGGAAGGGCGAGUAA